GUCAGUUCCUCUGUAUGGGUGUGUGAUUGUGUUUGGGUGUGAGUGACACAUUCACUUGAUUCGGUUUAGGGAACAGAACACAAACAGAUGACUUUACCGAACACAACAGCACGUGUAUCAGCCUAUACUGGACCGUCGGUAUCAAGCGUGUCUGAUCUAAUGCUUCUGUCUAAAGAUGAGCUUUAAUGACACACGACUGCUGUUAAAGAGAUAACAAUGAGAUUUAACGAGAAAGAGUUGGUGUUCCUGAGCCGACAGCCGUCAGAGAAAUCAGCCGAGCUCGGCAUGAGAGGCCCGAAGAGAGGAGACGUGGUGAAGAAGCGUGUAGUGAAACUGAUUGUUAAUUUCCUGUUUUACUUUCGGACCGAUGAAGAGGAGCCCAUCGGUGCUCUGCUGUUGGAGCAGUGUCGGGUGCUGAGAGAAGAUGGUCACGUGUUCUCUGUUGCGUUUCUAGACGAGGCCGAGCGCAAGUAUUUGUUUGAAUGUGAUUCUCAGGAACAGUGCGUCGAGUGGAUAGAUGCCAUCGUUAAAGCCAGUUAUGAAUUCAUGCGCAAAAACCUCAUAUUCUACCGCACAGAAAUCCAUCGGUUGACUGGCAAGGACCCUCUGGAGCAGUACGGGAUAUCAGAUGAGACGCGUUUUCAGGUCAACAGUGCUCUUCCUCCACUGCCGCCACCCCCUCCAGAAACAUAAAUGCACUCGGAUGCAUGUCCUGCGUUCACGUGCGGUCACUUUACUCUGGGGUAUUUGUCUGUUGUUGUUUUUUCUGUUAUGAAAACUGUCCGUAUAUUACGAUGAAUUUUGAAUGAUAUGUUUGCUGAGGGUCUUGGGCAUAUAGAUGAUUUUACUGUAAUGAAUGUCUGCUGCAUUGAGCCAGUUUCAAUGCCUUACAGUAGUUUAUUUGACAUUUAUAACAAACAUUUCUUAAUGAUUUUAAUGAAGCUAGAGAUCCGCCUAAAGCUUUAGCACAAGCGCACAUCAUCUACUUCCAGUCUAAGUGCACUAAAAUGUCUACUGGUGUCUGUCUACUGAUUCAUAGCUGUGCCUGUAUUUCACCCCUCCCUAAAUGUUAUUAUACCCAACAUUUUGUUGCUUUUGUUUGGUGCGUCUCAAGCCAUUUAGCUGACUAGGUCCAAUUUCACCUCAAAAUCAAAGUGAAAAACUAUUCAAAUACUCAACCCUAUUCAAAUACAUACAUGAAGACAACAGCACGUGGUGUUUAAUAAUAAUAAACAGCAUAUGAAAGUUGUCAUGACUGUGAUGCGUGUACUGUAUAUAUUCACUGUGAUGAGCAGGAUACUUUCAUGACGUGUGUGUGUGUGUGAUUUUAAUGUGCAGUGCAUUACAGUAAUGGGACUUUGAGGGGAGAACUGCAGUUUUCAUUCCUCCACAUAUGAAGACCUUUAUUAUGACAGAUGUUUAAAAACUAGCCUCAGAUGAAAACAUCAUAUUUGUCAGAUUUAGAUUGAUAUGAAUAUGCUGAAUGGUCUUCAGAAUGUUGUGUUCAGUGGGAUUUUUAGGCAUUCAGUAGAAACACACGAGGAAGUUUCCUUUAUUUUAUUUUCUGUGAUGGAACUAUAAUGCAGUUGUUGUUAUCAGUAUGAAUAUGUCAGUCCAGCUAUAUAAAUGUUUGUUUGAACUUUCAUGCAGCUAGAUCCUCCUUAAAUCUGUAAUGCAAGAUCUUGUACAAUCUUAAAAUGAUCUUAUUUUCUUAAUAAAUAUCUAUUAAAGAA